GAGUACUGAUACUGAGUAACAUUAUUCCGCAUAACCUUUAUUUGUUUGUUGUAAAUGUUUUAAUAGUAAUCCUAGUACUGUUGUUAAAAACGAACUUAAAGUAAUCCGUUUCUUAAUAUAAAACCAACAUCAUGCAUUGGCGUUCUUUACUUAACAUGCGGACGCAUCUGUCCAAUUUUACAGCACAUAGAUGUUUAAGUAAUAACAUACCUGAGAUUACCAAAGUACAUAGAGAAAUAUACACGAGAAUGUAUCCUACGACGGUAGUUCUACCAGAUGGGUCUUCAUUUAACAUAAGAUAUCAUGAGCCUAGGAAAAUUAUAAAGCUUCCCUUAGACUUAUCCCAGCUGUCAGAAGAGGAACGAAAGCAGAGGAUUGAUAAACGAAAACCAAGAAAGAAGGUUAAAAUUACCGAGGAUGUUGAAGAUAACUUUAAUGCUAAAAAAUAUUUGAAGUAUAUGAAGAAAAAGUGAGCUUAGUAAAAUCUGUGUAAUGUAGUUUAUUUCUAUCUUAUAUUAUAUAUUAGAAUUGAAGAGUUGUUUAA